CGGCCGGAAGUUGUUGAUUUUGUGAUAUGCAGCCAAGACGUGCUGCCUAGUUAGAAACUUAUCUGACCUAGGCCUACAUGAUGUGUGGUUUGUAAAAAAAACCAUGUGAAGUACCUCACUGCAAUUAAGCUCUACUUAGUUAGACUUAAAAAGUUAAGCGACGAAAGACACAAGUUUGAAAACGCACUGAGCAUUGAAGUUCUGGCACACACCGCCCUGCACAGAGUGAGUACCUUGAGCUGAGAAAAUGUUGGCACUGCGGUUGGCCUUUUCCAAAGGCAUUAGUGAUGUUCCACUGCUGAGGAUAUCGUCUCGGAAUUACGAAGGUUGUCUGAUUAGGCGCUAUCUCGGUUUACCCACCCGGUGUCCGCAGACGUUGAAGAAGGGACACAGAGGAGUUAUAAGCAUUCCUUCUGUUCGAUCGCAAACAGAUGGUACCUCGAAAAAUGGCGUGAAUGAAUCAAAACAGGAGUACAGAAAAACAGGCACAUCAACUACAGAAGUAAAUGAUAUAGACACAACAACAAACUUAGAUAAGGAAUCAUUAUCUUCUACAAAUGAUGAUGAUGGAAAAUUGGUUAUUUCAUUUGAUUACCAAGCGGGUAUACCAUUACAUCAUCAACUGAAAAAGUGCAUGGAAGAUAAAACACUGACAAUAAUCCAUACCAAAGGAAAGGAGGUUGACAUGGAUGAUCCAAAGUUCUCCUGGCCUUUCAAACCUAAACGAAAAGCUAAGAAGCUGUUUAAAGAAGAUGAGAAGCUGAUAGAAGAAGCACGAGCUCUGGCAGAAUAUUUGCUCUUACCAAGACAACUGAAAAGUCUUAGAUCAGUAAAGAAAAGGAAUGCAUACCGCAACACAGACAAGAAAUAUGUCACUAUGUACUCGGUAUCUGAUUUACGACAAAAGACAAUAGAAGUGUGGGGAAGUAUGCAAAGAAUGCAAAACCUACGCGUGAAACACAACUACAAUUAUCAGGACAAUGACUCAUCUGAAAAACCGGUAGACGCAAAACAUAGCUUUAAAUUCUUUAAAGAUACCUUAUGGUCACCAUCCGGUAGAGUGGUGCUGGCCGCAAUUGCAGCCAACGUAUUAAAUGCUGGAUUUAAGGGCCUGGCCUGGAACAAAACAGGUUCUGAUAGUAUGUUUGCUGAAAUGAUCCACUCUCUUACAGAUGCCUUGAAUCAGAUCUUCAUGUUAUUUGGACUAUACAUUUCUAACAAAGCUCCCGACUCGGUCCACCCAUAUGGACAUAAUUCAGCUAAAUAUCUCUUCUCUUUCGUGGCUGGCAUUGGCAUCUUCUUCUUUGGAGGGUUUAUCAACUGUGCAUACGGAAUAAUUGGCUUACUUUAUAAUACUCAACCCUACCUCUACUCUGUAUGGGCCCUUGGGAUGCUGAUAACCACCACAUGUACAGAAGGAGGUUCAUUACUGUAUGCUAUUUACGAAGCCAAAAAGAAGAUGGGGCCAACAGAAACAGGAAUCAAAGGAUUUAGAAACUUUAUCGAACAAGGAGUAGAUCCUAGCAUGGCGGUGGUGAUUCAGGAGGACUUCGCCUCAGUGCUUGGUAACUUUCUGGCCCUAGGCUGUUAUUAUUUGGGAAGUACUCUUGAAACUUCCCUUAUCUGGGUUGACUCCUUAGGCUCCCUUAUGAUUGGUGGACUACUUGGAACAGUAGGAAUUUACAUCAUGCGCAAAAACUAUUCAGCCAUCUUGGAAAAGUCUGUUCCUCUCGAGGUAAAAGAGGCUAUUCAGAAUACAAUGGAGAGUGAUCGCAUUGUCAGAUCGGUUCACGAUAUGAAGGUAGUUAACAACCGAGUCAAGGCAGAGAUUGACUUCAACGGACGAGAAAUCACCAGACAGUAUUUAUCGGAGCAGGACAUUAAAGCUAUACUGGAGGAACUACAGUUCAUGUCAAAUGAAGAAGAGGCAAAGGAGUUCCUUGUGGAUCUUGGUGAUGGUGUUAUCAACCAACUAGGUAAAGGGGUGGACGGACUGGAGACCAAAAUCAAGGCAAGACACCCCCAAGUUCGGCAUGUAGAUCUGGAGUCAUUAUGAAGUGCUAAAUACAAAAAUGAUGUCCAAAUUGUGUUCACACGUAGCAACAAUCUGUCGGUGAUGAAGUUGAUAUAUAGAGAUGAUCUUAUCAGGGUUGACCUAGUAGUAGUGACCUUUGACCUUGUAGUCGUGACCUUUGACCUAGUAGUAGUGACCUGUGACCUUGUGUAGAGGUGAUUUUAUCAGAGGUGACUUUGGUUGGUGACAGGAUUUCAAUGAUGGAAGGAGAAUUUCAUUCAUUCAUUGCCAUUAUCACUUAGUGUUUUGAUUUUUGCAUGUCUUCAUAAUCAUUUCAAAAGUUGCAAUAUUUGGAAUCAAAAGUAUUAUGCAUAAAUAUGUUUUAUUCCAAGUCUAGUCCACGCCAUUAUUAGUUAAAAUACAGUAUGUAUGAUCUUAGAGGGUACAUAUUUAUUGUGUCUUGUUUGUAAGGGUAUGGUAGUUCUUCGAGGAGAUUUGAUUGAAAUUGAUGGCAGAAUACAAGGACAUAAACCAAACCAAAAUUCUGUGAUUCUUGAAUAGUUGUCUUACUCUUGCACAAACUGUAAAAGUUAAAAAAUGGAAUAAAGGAUACCUAGAUGACUUGUAACUUGUAUUAUUUGUUAAAAAGAUUGUUUAUACAUGUAUAUUUGCUGUCUGUGUAUGGGGUAAUGUUAAGAUGCCUUGGUAUCCUCUGAAAAAAAACGUUUUACAUAUAUAUCAGCUAAUGUAUUAUACAGUGUACUACAACUCAAAUAAGUAUCACAAACAAAAUAGAACCUUGAGAUGUGUACAACUCAUUUCAUUGUGUAAUUAUCUAAUCACAUGUUUAGAAUCAGUAAUGUAGGAUAUAUUUGGAAUUUACUAUAAUUUACUAUGACAUUAGGACAGAGUUCAUAUACCUGAUUUUCACAAAAAGUCUCUCUCAAAUGGACAUAAAAGUAGGGUUUCCUUUUUUGCUCAAAUGAGCUAUUUUUUUACGAUAUUUGUCCAGCGUCCAACGUCCUCAACCUUUUCAUAUUUUAACUUUCAACACAAUUUCAACCCAAUCAAUUUCGCCAAAACCGAUUGGGAAUGAAAAGUGCAUUGUAUUUAACAACUUUUGCUUCUUUUUGGAAUUAAUUUGAAAUUCAAUUUGGCCGUCAUGACAUAUUUUACCGAGACACAGAGGAAAUGGUUAUUGCAUACUUUCUGACCAAUAGUUGUUACUUUGGAGCCAAUUUGAAACCCAAUAUGAUCACCAUGGCAGUCGUCUACAAAGUUGAUUUGAAUUUACAGUAUGAUCAGAAUGAUUUGCACCUUAUUGUGAAAAUUCCUAGUGGUGUGUGUUCCUCUUAGCGCCAUUUAAUUAGUUCAAAUCUCAUGCGAGUGUAAAGGCCCGUUUGGCCUCGAGUGAGAAAUUUAACCAUUAGCAGUAUUGUAAGAUCAUAACUAGGGUACCAACCAUAGAAUGGUGUAUACUGUUUUGUUUUGAUAAUGAAUAUUUCCUCACAUAUCAUUUACAAGACUUUUAAGGUUUACGUAUAAUUUCUUUUUGAGUUGCGUAAAAAAAAUAUCUUUUAUUUAAAAAAUGCAUGGUUAUAUUGCCAUGUACCAUGUGUGAUGCUAUCAUUCCAGAACAUUUUAGCUACAAUAUGAAACCUUUUCAUUUUUGUAUUUUUUUUAUGGUUACAACAAUCUACCACAUUUUAACCUGAUAUUUGGUACCACACAUUCAGUUAAAAUGUGACAAGUAUAAAUAUGUGAUGGGCAUUUUCUGUUCAAGUGUUACUGUUUAUUUCCUUUUGACCUUGGCAAAGGGCAAUCACAUGUACGUCUGUGAUGCCUUAAUGUAUAUGUGAGCUUCUAGUGUAUAGUUGUACCGCUAACCUUAUUUUUAUACCCAAAACAUGGCUUGUAUAAUAGGUAAGUUAUUUCAUUUAGAUAAAUACAUUUGUCUUACACAGAUGACACAGAUAUGUCAGCUAACAGGAAGUUAUUUAACCCUUUCACCACUAUGUAACUUUAGUAAACUCUACCAUUUAUUGAUCUGGAUGAGUCCAUUAUGGUCUAUAGUGGUGAAAGGGUUAACAUCUUAUUUAGUAGUAACUAUUUUUCUCCGUCUCACAUUUUGUAAUUGUUUAUGUUUGUGUCCUGAUGAAAGUGCAGAUUUUCUAAACAUUUGACAAAUUCCAUGGUCCACACUCACUAAUACUUCAGAGCCUAUAUAUGAUUGCUGUUUAUAUAGAUUACAUAUAUUACACACUUCAGUGAAAGCAGACAGUGCCAGACAUUAGCACAAUAUUUAGAAGAGAGUUAGACUGUAUCUUGUGAACCACAAGAUAUCUAUUUAAUUAGUCCUCCACCAGUUCCCGGGGGGGACAAUAGGUUUGCACUUCGUCCUUCCUUCUGAGAAGUUUGUCCAGGACAAAUCUUCUAUACUAUUUCACCUGCAUUAACCAGAUUUAGUGUAUAAGGACAUCUUGGAAUGGUGGGGUGCAGAGUACAAGAGUUAGGUCACUGUGACCUAUGACUUGACCUUUGACCUUAACCUUUUUCAUUGUCCUGGGCAUUUGAUAUCUUCUGUACUAUUUCACCUGCAUUAACCAGAUUUAGUGUACAAGGACAUCUUGGGAUGACGGAGUGCAUAGUGCAAGAAUUAAGUCACUGUGAUGUAUUACUUGACCUUUGACCUUUACUUUUGAAAAAGUUUGUCUGGGGGCAUAUCUUCUGUAUUAUUACACCUGGAGGAACCAGAUUUGGUGAACAAGGACAUCUUAGGAUAGUGGAGUGCAAGAAGUUAGGUCACUAUGAUCUCACUGUAACCUAUGCUUCCUGACACAAAAUUGCUGUAUGUUAGAUAUAGAAAUCAUUACCGGUAAGGGACUACAGAUUGCCUUGCAAUACUUUGCCUUGUUAUUAUGUAUAUGAUAGAUCUAAGUUUAUUUGGUAUUACAUGCAGUAUACAAGUCUGGUGAAAUACCUUAUAUAAGUAUAUAAGAUACCUUUUGUUGAUUUUCAAGAAAAGAGGAUCUUGACCCGAAAGAUUUACCAUCCGGGUUCACAUAGGUAUUUGUUAUGUAGGAAAUCAGCUGAUUGAUGAUUUCAUUCUGAUUGAGCCCAUAACGCACUUUUUUACGUCUUACAGCUAAAGUCAUUUAUAGAGGACAUGUCAGGUUUAAGCAUUUAACAAUUUUGUUUUUUACCACUUCUAUAUUACAAAUAUGGUAUUAAAAAUGUUUUAUAUAAAUGUGUGGCAAGUUACUGUAUGCCGAGAAGUUUUUCGUGGCACUUUAACUUUCGCCUUUUUAGCCCUCCUGAAUGAUGGCCAUUUUAUCAUGACAGCAAAUAUAAGUUCACAACAUACAUUUUAUAGUAGUAAUUACUUGUGAAUGGUGAAAUUAAUACAAGGCGAACAUGGAUUUUAUCGGCAGAUGGCGAAUAUUUGAACGAUUGAAAGUUUUUCGCCCGAUAUAUAGUAUAGUGUUUCUGGGAGUGGCAGUUCAUAUAUCAGGUAUUGUAUAUGUAGUUGUGUUACCUCCACUAGGGUGACCUGGGAACUAUGACCUACUGUCCCCCUGAUGUAUUUGUAUAACAGAAUUAUGUUGGAGUGAUCAUCAGUACCUAUUGUAGCUCGGUUAGUUUAUUAAUAUGUCUAGAGAUCUAAGGUCGUGGGUUGGAAAUGUGAUCUGGUUGUUAAAUUGUUCCACCCAUGUACAACACUUGUGUUGUGGUAAUACCUCCGAAAACGAGUGAGUUUUUGACUGUGUGAUGUGAAGGAGAUAUAUAUACAAUGUAUGUUACCUUGGAGAAAUUCUUACACUAAACAAGAUACCGGUAUUUGUUAACCACUUGUGAUCAUUUGUUUAAGUGCUGGUGUACUGAACAAAUGUUACUGACAAAGCAAUGUACAAUUGAUGUACAUUAUUGUUUAUUUGCAGUUAUGUCUUGUUUUAGCUUUUCUAAUGUAUGACACAUACAUGUAUGUUUUACCGUUUGUGGACGGAAUCUUAAACAGUUGUGAUGCAUAAAGAAUAGUUAUUGGAAAAGAUGUGAAAUUCAAGUCACGUUUCUGAUGACGCCUGUUGGGUGUUGCUACCGUAAUUGUAUAGCUGGUGACGUACAGCUGCAAUGUGGACAGUGUGACAUGAAAUAUUUGUUGUGUAUUGAGAUUCACAGUGUUCAAAAAGUUCAAAAUGGAACUGAAAAUAAAUCAAAUGCUUACAUGCCCUGGAGGGGCUGAUGAUGAAAGAUAUAGGUGGUGAUAAAAUGUAAACAUAAAACUCAGCAUGAAGAUACGUGUACCCACAAAUGUUUCAUGUUAUAACUGAUCCUUUCUUCUUUAACUUUAGGAGGCGUAAUGCAGCUCAGCUCAUGCACAUACAUGCUACAAACAUUUUAUGUCUCCUCUGCAAUAAAAUUUUGAAAAUAAA